AUGGCACGCUACCUGCUCCCAUUUCUAGCUGCUACAGCUGUCCUCGCCAAAACGGACCUGGUAGGCUGCACCUCUCUCACUUCCACCAUCACGGGAUCAUUCGGCAGCUCCAAGGAGACACUCAUCUUUUACGACCCAGACACCCUCGAAAUCUGCUCAUCCAUCAACUGCGGAGGCGGUACCGCGUCCUCCAAGAAAAUCCCCGGCUGCCCGGCCUACUCCGGCACCGAGACGGUCACCAAGAGUUUCCUCCCCAGCUGCGCUACUGUGAAGCAUCACACGGUGACAGUCACUCAGACCCUGACGCCCCCGAGAUCGAAUAACUGGGUGGGUAGCACGACGGUGACGGUCACGCCGACGCGGACGAGCACCAUUGUCAAGACCGUCACGACGUCGUCGGGGGUGAGCGAGUUGACUUCUGGGACGAGUGAGGCUACGGCUAGGCCGAGCGGUACGGAUAACACCUCGUUGACGUCGACGGAGGCUGAGGCAGCGCCGACUGGGAACGGAGCGGAGGUUUCGUCGAGUACGGUGCCAGCUGGGGCGGGGCCGACGGCUCGGGCGGGGAUGGCGGGGAUCCUCGGCGUGGCGGCCGCUGUUGUGGCGUUUGCGUGA